GACAACCUUGACGACCUAGCAACUAGCUUGUUACAAAUUCGAAAAUGGAUUUUAUACCUGAUGAAAUACUGUCACACAUUCUUCAACCUAAAUCGCAUCGUAAGCGCUAAACUCUAUAUACUCUUACUUAAUUACUUGUUGAAAGGGUCGAAGGACAUAUGUUCUAGCCAUUCAAUCGCUAAUAUUCCGAAGAACACGUCGGAGUUUCAAAAUUUUGUCAUUAAUACCAAAAAAACUAAGAGAUUUUUAAACACCACCAGCAAUUUGGACAAAACAGAUAAAAGCCCACCUGAACUUGUUCCAGAUAUGGCUGAUUCAUUUAGGCAAGCGAUAUAUGUGCAUUACAUUUUUGUAGUGUAAUUCUUAAUAAUAAUAAAAAUUCUCACAUAAAGUACCUAAUCUUCGAGUAAAUAUCAUAGCAUAUCAUUAGGAGGAGAAAAGAUGUGACUGAUCUGUGCACAAAACUCGAUAACAUAUUACAAGAACACCCAAUAUUUCGUAUCUCAUCAGUUAAUGAUAGCAAACAUUUUGAUGAAUUUAAGGAGGAAAGUUCAAUAUUACUAGGUGAUGUCAAGAAAGUUUUUGAAAACGCACUAUUUUCAGUACGUUCAUGGAGGCCUUUUACUGUUAAGUAGAUUUCAUGUGAACAAAAUAAUGACCGAAAUUUGCUUGUUAAUUUGCUUCAAAAGUAUGAUGGGAUUUUCGAGUAUCUGCUUAAUAUUUGCAGCAAGUAAGUAUUCGUACUAAUAAAAAUAUUCCAGCUUACGUUUGGCUGUCGUAUCAGGCAGAGAUGACCUUUGCCUGAAAAACGUGGAAGGCUUACAAAACAGAAAUAACCUACAAGCAGCACUAAGGUAGAUUGAACUUAGAGGUUAUUUUCUGGAUAGAUGUCUAACAGAGGCGAGUUCAAGCAAUACAAAACUCCUCUUAGAAGUCGGUAAUUUACAUUUGGAGGUAUGCAGGCUCUAUAUGCUAAUAUUGCAGUAUAGUUCAUCCAUGUAAUAUCUUCUGCAAAUUCAAAUGAGACUGCAAUAUCCAAUGUCCAUAAAUUGUACAAACUGCUACUUCAAAGAAUUGAAAGCAACCAAAGAAAAUAUGGUGAAGAAAACCAUGUGUGCUUUUAUUUGGCUUUAGAUGUGGUGAAAAUGGUGAGUUAAGCUUUUUUCACGUUUUCCAUCAAUCACCACAAAUGGUAACUGAAAGUGGAAAUAGAUAAUCUACAAAGUGUAAACAGAAUAUCUAAAACUACACUUAACACCUUAGAACUUUAAAGAAGGACUAUUUCCCGUAGUGUCUAAUAAACUUAUUGCACAUAGAGCUUGUAGGUAAUUAAUCAGUGGUAAUAAAUAGCCAAAAAAUUAUAAAUUGUUGAAGAGCAUUUAAAAAGUUUGUUGAAACUAAACAGGCUACCAUACAGUAUUGGACAAAGUGAUUAUUUAUAGAUUAUAUACAGCUGUAUUUGAAUUCCUCGUUAUCUAGUACAAUGACAUAGAAUUAAAAAUCAAUGAUGAAAACAAUAACAUAAUUACCUUUUUGAUGAGUUGUGCGUAGAUAAAGGAUGUCGUCGUUAUAUUCUGCAUGCAAACAUCAGUUUUUAUCCUCCAUCUCUCAAAGUACUUGUUCUACUGAGACCAAAGACAAAUUAAAACAACAAAGUGAUCAUCCAGAAUACGAGUUACAUAUUUCAGAAUUAGAGAUUCAGACUGGCGAUGGCUACUAUCUUGUAAGAACGAUAUAACUUAACAAAACAGAGUACCAGAUGGUAUGGAUGCUUUAUCAUGUACCUUCAUAUUGACAAGCCGACUUAAACAGUGGUAGUAAGAGCCCAGUUAUGAACGAAGAAUACUGUAGACUAAUAACUUUGGGAAGUUACCGCUACAUGCUGUUGAACGUAUACUGCAAAACAGAAAAACACGAGCGGGUAGAAAACAAUGAUUCUGAAAUCAAUAUUUGUUGAUCUCCGAAACUCAAAUUUAUCCUCUAAAAUCUUUUUACAAACACCUAAUCCAUCAGUGGCCGAAUAUGGGUUACACAAACUGCUAUUUGAGCCGCAAGACUGUUUCAGCAUAUUACGUAUAUAUAUAAUUAAUAACAAUUAUUUUAGAGUUGUUUAGCGCACUAAGUUAAUGCUUUUAAGCUACUUGUUACUAAAACAUUUCAAAAGGACAGUAGACCUAGCAUGUACAUUACUGGUAUUUACUGCAUGCUGUUGCCUCCAGAAUGUGCUGAAAUGUUUCGCUGGUGAAACCUUUUGAAAAUAUUAAACUUAAGUUGAUUCUUUUGGGGUCUAUGUUCACCCUUUUCUGGUAAGUAUCUGUGCCUGUCUCUCCACCGUUGAAAGAGUCGCUUGACAGCACAAAUGACACUUUAUCUGGAAGUGGGUUAGGAAAAUUAACUCAGUGGCAGAAACGGUAACUCAUGAAGAUAUUACUCAUCUAUAGAUUUUUUGUCAUCUUACUAUAUCCUCUGAGAUGUUCCUACAUGGUGGGAGAGAAAAUGGAAGGCAAGUGAGAUUCAUAGUCAUCCUCUGUAAUUUUGAAAUUUGCAAUUAAAUUCCUUCUCUGCCUACAGUAUAAUAAUAAGAAUGAAGCAGUUAAUACUUGGUUAUCCCUGCUACUUUGGACCACUAAAACUGUAAUACUAAUUUGACGCCUGCCCCAUGAAAUAUAUGAAAUCAGCAUUCAAAGAUUUCGCACAAGUUAUUAUCAUAAUGAAUCUCAUCAAACAAGGACAAACAAAACGUACAAAAUAGCUUAAUUCACUUCAUUUUAUCGUUUUGUCAACCAAACCUUGACUUCGUGGACAAGAAGAAAUUAAUUCAAGUAUGUGUUUUGCGAACUGAAAUAUUCUAAACACUGGCGUACUGUUUACUAAUUGCAGCCCCCUAUCACUUUAAAAUCACUAGCAUAGUCAGUACGGACGAUUUCAUGAGGCUUGAUGGGUAAAAUUUCGUGAUGGGAUAACAUCGAACAAUUUUCCUCCUCAUAUAACUUGAAUACUUUUCAAAGUUCACACAACCAUUGUGAAUUUUGAAUAUUCUCUAUCGGAUUAUCCAGUGAAAGUUAAUCUAGUGUAAGCUUUCAAUUGAUUUCGAUUUACUGACAAGUAAGAUACAAUAUUUAAUAGUCAUUAUUUUUAAUACUUGUUAAAUCUUUUCAGUUUUGUGAUAGAAAUAUCCUGAAUAUCAUAGGUCAACUUCAAACGUCUAAAGAUAAAUGGGUAUUUAUGUACGAUAGAUCUUUUCUCAUGACAAGAAAGUUAAUUACACAGUUGUAUGAAUUACUAACAGCGUGUACAGAAGGAGUUAUACGCUUUUCUGAACAUCUUGAAUAUUUAUUUAUGUCAUCUAAUUUUUAUCUGGAAGGACUCUUGAGAAAAAUUGAAAAAUUUGAAAUGUAUUUACAUCCAACGUUUAAAGAUGAUGUACAAAACCGGAAUCUGGACUAUGUGACACACAUCAAUGUUCACCUUACUGAUGUUCAAGAUACAACACAAAAGGUGUUAAAUAAAAUAAGUGAAUUGUGGAAUGUGAAAAAAUAUGAUCUAAUAAAUCAUAUCGGUUUGAAUUCUGGUCAUUAUGAUGUCAAUAAUUCUGGAAACGACAACGAUAACGACGACGGUGAUGAUCAUGGUGAUGAUGGUGAUGAUUUUAAUUCUGAUUACACCGAAGAGAAAAUUAUGAAGGCGACAGAAGAAAAGUGUCAGUUAAAAUAUAAUCGAACUGCCAAUGUUAAAACAUACAAGCCUAAUGUGUUCAGUUCAAUAUUAAAACUGGAAUGUGGUUCACAGAAUACAGCACAACCGAAAUUUUAUAAGCAACUUUUUCAGAAUACAAAUUUCGAAUUAAAUCUCUACGAUUUAAAGUUAUUAUUGAAAUCAGCCUCAGAUGAAUUUCAUGCAUUGUUUAUAUUUUUAAAAGAGAAUUUAAGCGGUCAACAACCUUCAGAACUAUUUCAUUGGUUGAAUUUAACAAAUGAUAUCAAUGGACUCGAAGAUAUUUAUAAUAGGUUAUCAUCAAUACUGACAAUGCAAGAACAUAAUUUAAUCAAACUAAUUAACUUAUAUGAUCUUGGCUUAUCAACUUUUAUUCAUAUGCUUGAAAAGCUAAAAAAUAACUUGAAUAAUGAGCAAGAAGUUGGACCAUUUUAUGAAAUUGAAUCUCUAAGAGAAAAAUUUAAGGAGUGGAAAAGUUUAAUGACACUAGACACUUGUGAUUUUCUUCAGCCUGAUCCUAUCGAGAGUGAAUCAUCGGAAAUGAAUGAUAAAGACGUCGACAGAAUGGAUAAUAAAUCUGACCAGACAAUAUUGACUGGAAAUUAUCAUAAUCAGUCUACAUUGAACUCAAUUAUAAAUUUACAACGAAAUGUUAAUCAAAGAUUAUGUGAAUUAAAUAUGAAUUUAGUCAAUAAUGUUAAUAAAAUAGAAAGUAAAAAAUCAAUUAUCUGUCAACAGUUAACUUCAAAAUGGAUAUCCAAUGCAAUUAUAUGGAUUUGUUUAAAUUCUAGUAAUAUUACAGUGGAAUGGAAUCAAUUAUUUGAAAAGAUAUUUCAAAAGAAAAAGGAUAAAGACAGUGGAAACGGGACACCGGAUGCAGUCAGCGAAGACACGACGACAAGUGGUAGUUGUUGUAUUGAUUACAAUGAUAUUAAUAACUGGAUAUAUUCAUGUUUCAAGGAGAAUUAUGAAAGCUUACAAAAGCAGUUGCUUGAUUUUCAGACUGAGGAUAAAUUGCAUGAAGUUAUCAAUCUGAUAACUGCUCAACUUGAUGAUAUAUCGAAUGAUUUCAAUAUAAAUACAUGUUUAUCAAAGUAUUUCAAAGACAAAGGAGAUCAUGAAGUAUGGGAACAGCAAAACAAAGAUUUAGAUCUAGCCAAACAGGAGUUUGUACAAGCAUGGCACAACUUAGCAAAUGAAAUAUUCCCCCGGGAUCUUCAGUAUACAGAGAAUAUCCAAUCAGAAUCCCCAAAGGAAAGUGUAAAGCAAGCGAAUCAAAGUCCUGAUAACAAUUUAGACUUGGAUCAAUUACGUACAAUGACUGAGAAUGAAUUAUUCUGUAUCAGUUCACUUGACUAUCUUGACAAGCUAGUUCAAGCAGCAUUAGAACGUAAAAAGAAGGCUAUAAUAAGACGUAAGAAUUUGGAAGAGUCAAUAAAAUGCAAACAAGAAACAAUCAGUAAACUUGAAAAAGAAAUGGAGGAUAUCGACGGCAAACUGGAUGAACUUCGGACAAAAUUAGGUGAAACUUUUGAAAGUAUGCAAUUAGAAGCUCAACAGGACAAAUAA